AUGAAAUAUUUGUUAAUUCCUGCUACCAUAUAUUUUUUAGUCACAGGAUGGUACUUGUUUAUCGAAGCUAAAUUGCCAUAUUAUCCAUUUUAGCAUCUGCUUGAAUUCACUCCCAAUCAUGCUAUUUAGGCAUUAUUCGCAGUUGCAUUAGGAUUAUGUAUUGUGAUUGACAACCAAAAACUGCUUAUGGCUUUUCUAUUUAUAGGUGUAGCAGAUCUCUCAUUGAAUGUUAGACAAUGUUUUAAAUUGGAAAUGCAGGAACUUAGUGAAGCAUUAUAGCAUGUUGGAUAUAAGACAGUGAUAUUGGGAAUCAUAAUAGAAGCUAUGCGCAAACAGAUUAUUUAUGAAGAGCCAGAGAAAAAGAAGAAGAAGAAGAAGAAGGUUAAGAAGAUGGUUGAAGUGGAAGUGGAGGAAGAAGUCGAUGAUGAACAGGAUGAGGCAGUUGAAACCAGAAAACUAAAUCCCUAAUAGCCAGAAGAACCUGUGACAGCUCCUUCAAAAAAAAAAGAAAAAAAAAGCAAAAAAUGA